CUGAUUUAUCUAAAGCAAAUGAAAAGCUGAAACAGGCCAACAAACGAUUAAAGAAGAAAAUUAUUGCUCAACAAAAAUUAAUGUCAAAUUAUGAACUAAGACUUGCUCAAAGCAUGACAGAUCUAUUUGCUGCUAAUAAGGAGUUGGAUAAACUUAGAAAAGAAAAAGAAUCUGAUAAUGCUGAGAUAGAAAAUCUGAAAUGGCAUGUAAAGCAGCUUGAGUGUGAAGUCUUUCAGUUUAGAGGAUUGAAAUUAAGAAAUGAGGCAGAAAACAUAAAAAUAAAACAACUGGAAAAAGAAAUAUUAAUUAAAUUGAAAAGUAUCAGGAGAUUUAAAAAAAGUUCUGUAACUUAUCGCUCCCAGAUAGCUAAGAAAGAUACUCAACUAAAAAGAAUGGAAUGCUAUAAUGAACAAAUUGAGUGUUUACUUCGAGAAUUUGGAAAGAAGCUUACAGAAGCUGGUCUUUUAACUAAAAAAUUUAGGGUGGAUCUUGCAAAAAAGUAUGGGAAGGCAUUCGUUUCCAUUGAAUCAUCUGAAACUAUUGGUAACAUCUCUGAAGGAACAUCUGAAGUAUUCAAUUCUUCUCUCAAACUUACCAACAAGAUAGAAUCUGAUAAUGCUCACACAUGCAUUGGAGAUGACCAAAAUGUUUUUUCUGUACGGUCUCCAACUUCAUCAUUAACUUCAAGCAGUGAAAUUAUUAAAAGUGAUUGUGCAAAUAUGGAUAUAUUUCAAACUGAAUUUCAGAAUCUUCCAAAGAAAAAGAAUAAAUUCAAAAAGAAGUUUUUAGAUAACAAUAAUACUGAAGAAGACCAGAAUCGGAACUUAUAUAAUUCUCCAGGUUCAUCAAAUUUUGAUGAAAGUACCUCACAGGAUAAAGGGGAAAUAGAAUUGAACACUCCAACAAAAUUGUGUAAUUCUUAUGUUAAUAAUGAAAAAAAUUUCUGCAAAGUGGAAGAUCAUUCUGUUUUCAGUAAUAUUAAUGAGCCAUUAUCUAAAAUUUAUGAACAGAUCUUUACAGAUAGUCAGUCAGUUACUGAAGUAAUACCUUAUCCUGAUACAAGCCCCAUUGAUAUGGCAUUAUCAAUACCAGCUUUAGGGAAUUCUCACAUCUCUGAUAAUAGUAAUAUGCCUGAAGGAUGUCAGUUGGCAAAUACUUUAUCAUCUAAACAAGAUUUGCAUUCUUUGAAAACAUCACAAGAAAUCAUUUCAAUGGAAAAAUGUAAAAACUUGAAUACAUUUCAAAAUGAACUUCAUACUCCUUCAAAGAGAGCCAAUAAAUAUAAAAAGAAAGUAUCAUAUAACAAUAUUGCUGAAGAUGAUGAAAUUUGGAAUUUAUGUAGUUCUCCAGACUCAUCAGAUUCUGAUAAAGAAAUUGAUUUGUAUGAUGAAAAGGAAAAAAUGAACAUUUUAUCACCAUUGCAUGAUUCUUAUGUUGAAGAUACAAAAAAUUCUCAGGUCUUUGAGGAAACUAAUGAGUUGAAAAAUGUACCGAAAGGAAAUCAGUUGAAAAAUAAUUCACUCUUCAAACAAGACUCAUUUUCUAUACAACCAAUACAAGAAGUUAUUUCGACACAAAAACAAAAAAACUUGAAUAUUUGUGAUCCAAGUGACAUAAAUCAGAAAAUAUGUGAUUUAAAGUCAUCCAAAAAUUCAACUGAUCCUAUUGUCAUAAACAACAAAUCUCAAACUAAUGCAGCUAAUUCAGAUAGUGAAAGUGAUUUUUUAGAAGUUGAGGACAUGCAAAGGGAUUCCUGUUCUGAAAGUGGGAAGAAUUCUCCUAAAACAAUCAAUGCCUCAUCAGCUACUCUUUUAGAAGUGCUUCCUAUUAAAAGUGUUAUGGAAAAUUUUGAUUCCCUGUGUACAAAUAUAUCUACAGAUAAUCAAAAUAUAAACUUAUCUUCACUGGCAUCAUCCCAAACUGCAAAUGAAAUACUAAGCAGUAACAAUAUUUCAAACAUGUCAUCUCAAAAUGAUAUUAUUGAUAAUUUAUCUAAUAAACAAGAAAAAACCCAAAAGAAACUUUUGGUUUCCAAUUUUGCAGAUGAUGCUGAACAAGAUCUGUUUAGUGAACAUCUUCCUAAAACCUCUGAAAUAGACACAAGAAGCCCACAUAAAGGAAAAUCAUUAGGAAAUGAUCAAAAUCCUUGUGUAAAUCGAGAAGAAAAUUCAUUCAGAACUGUAGAUGUAUCAUGUGGUAACAUUUUAACAAAUGUGUCUAGUUCAAAAAAUCUAAAACAUGAGGGAAAAAUAAAUGUAUGCAGUGAACAAGCAUUUUCUAUUAAUAUAUCCUCUGAGAAAAAUUGCAUAUCAGAUAUAUCUAUGCCUCUUUGGGGGGAUUUAUCUGAUGAGAAACUUAAUCAUCGUACUACAUCUGAAUAUGUGUUAAAAAAUGAUGUAUUGCUAAAACAAAGCCCUAAAACAGAACUAAAAAUGCUGGCUGUAAAUGAAGACAAUACUUUUGAUGUCUUAAAACAAAGAUCAGUUUUAACAAAUGAAAUUUCUAGUUUAACUGAUAAUUUUUCUGUAAUACCUAAAUUUGUGAAAGCUACAUCUGUUUCCCAAGAUGAUAAGUGUCUCUCGGGUGAUAGUGGAUAUGAUGAGUAUUCCAAAUUUGGAAAGUUGUCAAUUAUGUUGUUGAAUCCUACAUUGCCACUUUCUGCAUCUCAAAGUAAAAACAGAAAAUUCUUUCAUGAUAAGAGCAUUUCAAAUAGUAGUUUGAAAGAACUCAAGAAAAAUGAGCAAACAAAUCAGAUUAGUUCUAUUCCAAAAUCAGUCAAAGAUCAGGAAUUACCUAUUGACAAAGAUAAAAAUUUUUCUGUAGCAAAAAGUAUCUUAUUAUCUGGCAAUACUAAUAUUUCUCAUAAAAAUGACAAUUAUUUCAUAGAAUCAAAUGAUAACUUAGAUAAGGAUAUUCAGCCAAAAUUGGUUGAGCAGCAUAAUUCAUUAUAUGAAAAUAUAAUCAAGCCUGCAGUAAGUGAAAAUCAGGAACUUACAAAAGAUGCUGUCUGUUUAAGACCAUGCUUUGUGUCACUUUCUAGGUGUGAUGUUCCCAGAUAUUUUUCUUCCAAAAGAAAGCAAACUCAAAGCAAAUCAGAAAUGCUUACUAUUCAUAAAAAUAGCUAUGAAAGCUUCAUUCCAGAGAGUUCGAAUUUAAUUGCUUCAUCUGAAACUGAUAAUUUACUUUUGAUUGAUAGUAAUAAUAAAGCUGCAAUUAAUGAUAAUAAUAUAUUGAAAUUUGAUCCUUAUCAGUAUAAGAUUGAAAGGGAAAACAGCAUAUCAUCUCAAGAAUGUUUUGGGAACAAAUCAAAAUGCAAGCUUCAGUCUGAUACUUUGAUUAAAAGACCAUUUAUCGAUUGUGUUACUACCUCACAAUCUUCUUUAUUAAGUAAAGAUGCAUCUCCAAAUUCCUUAACCCAAGAUUCUCCUGUUGUUGCUAUACUUGAUCACAAACUCUCUUGCAUUAGUGCUGCUGACCUAACAGAAUCUGAGAAUUCAUUGACAUCAUCGCAUAACUGUGAAUCUACUUUGAAAGUUUCUGCUUCAAAUUCAGUCAAAUCUUCAUCAGAUCAUAAGAAUAUUUUAAACAAAACAUUUGUAAAUAUUCAAAAUCCAUAUGUUUUAUUAUCUAAAAAUGAUAUUCGUAAUUAUUUUCAUUCUCUGAAAAACAAAUUCUCAUUUCAAGCGAGUGAUAGCAACCAAAUUAAUUCUGACAGUUUAAAUUCAAGAGUUUGUGGAUUUGAAAAAUUAUGUAGUAAUAAACAAAUAGAAAAGUUAGAAGCACAUGAUAAUUUAAGUAAUUCAUUUACUACAAACUGUAAAGCAAUGUCUGAUUCUGCGUGCUGUCAAAAUGAAUUUGCAGGAAUAAAAACUUCACUAAAAACAGCUACAUUUUCUAAUAAUAAAUUGAACAUUAAAUCUAAUCAUGAAAUUUCAUCGGAAAAAACUUUUGGUAUACUUAAUGUAAAAAAUAUAGCUUUACCUUUUUCAUCACUGAUCUUAACUAAAUCUUUAGAUCCUUUUAAACAGCAAUCUACAAAUGAUACAAAUAAUAAUGCAGUUUUCUGUACCAAUGAUUACAAUGUAUUCUCAGAAUCAGAAAGUUGCUGCGAAUCAAGUAGUUCCAAAUUUAUUACUGAUGGGGCCCAUUCUUUCAACAUGAUAGAAUCUUCAGCAAGUAGAAAACAAAAUAUUUCAAACUGGAUCUCAACUUCAAAAAUACGAACAUGUUAUGUAUUACUUUCCAGAAAUGAUAUUCCAAAUUAUUUUAGGAAUCUUAGAAACAAAACUCCUUCCCAAUUAGUUGAUUAUUACAACAGUAGGUUAAGUAGUUCAGAACCCGCAACUUCAAGGCCUGUAAUUUCAUUUGAAAAGGAAGAAAAUGAUUUUCUUUUGUGUGGUAAUAGUACAACUACACAUAUGAAGUGCUUAACCAAUCUUGAUUCUAAUAUGCAACAUGAAACUGAAAAAAUCAGCAAUUUAUCAGCAUCUGAAAUACUUUUUGAAAAAGAAUCAAAUUCUGAGUUUUCAUGUGAUGGUUCACUGGAAGAAACUUCAAACUUAUCAAAGACAAAAAUUACAGCUCCAUCUCUUUCUUCUCAGUCUUUUCCACUGUCAAAUAAUUCAACAGAAGAUUCUUCCUUAAAUAUUACUCAUGAUCUAUCAAGUCUUGUUGAAAACAUAUCUCUUAAAGAACAUGAAAAUUGUGAAUCAUCAAAUGGACUAGGAAAUAUUUCAAUAAAGGAUUCUGUUUCAAGCGUGUCAACAACCUCUGCAAAAGAAAAAGAAAUUUCAAGUAAAACUUUGUCUGGGUGCAAAAAUGAAUGCUUUGUUUCACUUUCCAGAAGCGAGAUUCCAAAUUACUUUCUUUCUUUAAGAAAAAAGUCUGUGCUCCAAGCAACUGAGCAUAACCAAACAAAUUUUAUCAAUUUAAAAACCAAUGUAUGUAGUUCAGUUAUUGUAAAUGAAAGUGAACCAAUAGAUAAUACAGUUUUGAAUGAUAACAAUACUACUUUUAAAGAUUGUGAAAGAAGUAUUGAAUAUGAUAGCAUUCAUCUUAAGAUUAAAAAAGUAGGAAUUAAUAUGUUCUCUAUUCCAUCCAAUAAAAAACAUGAACCAAAUUCUUGCUUUCUCCAAGAAAUUUUAUCUGAUAAAUCAUAUAAUUUAUUGAGGGAACAAACUUUUGUAUUACCAAUUGAAAAAGAAAAAUUGACAUCUUCUUUUCAUAAUAUUCAAAAUCUUAAUGAAAAUUCUUUGGAAUCUCAGAAUUUAUAUCCUACUGAAAGUCAUGUCCGCCAUAAUAAUACUUCUAAUAGAAUGAAGCCAGUAGACAAGACAUGUCCUGUUCCAAUUUCUCAAUAUGUCAAGAGGAUAAUAUGUCAAGAGGAUUUUUCUACUAACCAUCGAGGACUGCCAAACAGUCAGCAUGAAAAAAGUUCAUCUCUAAGAUCUCAGAAUGAUUCUGCUAACAUUGUAGAACUAAAUUACACCAAUCAAUAUGCAUUGAAACCUUCUGUAUCUCAAAAUUCUUCUUUGAAAGGAUGUAAUGUUCUAUCAUUAGAUUCUAAUAAUACUACUGAGAAAGUAGAACCAGUGAACAAAAAAUUGAAAGUACCAACUUUCCAAAAUUCAUCUGAUACAGAAAUAUUAUUUAAUGAUUUAUCUGUAAACAUUCAGAAACAUUCUGUAAUAAGUGAGCAUCAAAAAUAUCCAGUGAAAAGAAAAAAAUUGGAAUCAUCUGACUGUAAUUCUGAAAAGACUUUCAUGCUGAAACAGUUUAGUGACUUCACUCUUAAUAAACCUAUAGAAAAAAUGAAAAGAGCUACUAUUCUGUUAUCAGGACCUUCUAUGCCUACAAAAUGGAAGAAGUCAUCAAUAAUAAAUAGACCUUCAUUGUCUAAAAAACAAAAAGGGAUUCCACCAGAAACACUUAUUCCUGCAAAUAUCACUCUUGGACUUAAGAAAAAAUGCUUUUCUCCAUUUAAAAAGCCAUAUACAUCUAUCAGAGAUUCAAAAAGGAAUAUAAAACCUAUUGAUAGUAAAAUGACUUAUGCUGCUCCUAUUCGAAUAAGAGGAAGAACUUCAAAAAGUAAAGUAUUUUUCAAAAAUUCUUGCAGUAGGCUUAUAAAUAAUAAUAUAGAUUCAAAUUAUGAUAUAAAUAAAUCGUCUGAAAAUAAUUUGAUGCCUCAUGAAUGUGAUGAAAAGAUUGAAACUUAUAUUACUGUACAACCUUCCAAAAUCCGUAAACAACAUAGGAGACCAGCUUUGGACAAGACUCAUGUAUGUGAAAAGAUAAAAGAAAAUAAAAAAAAGACAACUGUGUCAUUUGCUAAUGCAAAAUCCAAAACAAGCAUGAACUUCAUUUCCUUUAUAAAGGGAAAAGAUUUGAAAGAUGAAUCUAUUGAAUUGGGUUCUUCACUGAAACCAUCAUCAGAUUCUAAUGAGAACAAUGUUGUAGAAAAUGUUAAUGAGCUUAAUAUUGAUAAUAGUAUUAAGUGUCUAAAUAGAAAAAAGGAAUUCUUCACAUUUAAGAAAAGAUCUUUGAAUUCUAACAUAGAAUCUGCUACGAAAAAGCAAAAGUGUAGUGAAAAUUCUGAGGAAACAAUGGCCAAUUCUCAUAAUAGCAAAAGUAUUUCUACAUUAAAUGGAAAAUUAUUUGCUGAUGAUAGUUCAACAAACAAAAAAAUAGAGGAUGAUUGGAAUUUUGAAGAUGAAUCAGACCCAGAGUUAAUUAUUGAUGAAGAUUAUAAUAAAACAUCUGGAACUUAUGAUAAUUCUAUUAAUGAAUUCUUUCAAAAGACGCCAGAAAAACUUUCAAAUGUCAAAUCCAGUUGUCCAGAUUUACAUAAAGAAAGUUACAAUUCCUUGAAGAAUUCAUGCAAUGUUAAUUUUAAAAAUAGAAUUCUCCCUAAUAUUAAUGAAACAAAUUUGAAUAAUUUGCAAUUGGCUUCAAAAAAUCAAAGUGAUUCUGCUGAAAUUUUAUCUAAUAAAUUUAAGAGCCCUUCUUUGGAUGAAAUAUCUUUUGAAAGCAAGAUUUCAAAUUUUAGUACAACUUAUUCUGUAACAGACUGUUCAGCUCAAAAUAAUGUUUCAGUCACUACUGCUGCAACAUCAAACAUUUCCACAACUUUUAAUUCUUUAUGUAAAAGCAGUGUUACUCUUGAAUGUUCAAAGCAGUUAACAAAAAAUGACAAAAAAAGAUUCAUGAAUAAAAAUAAGCAAAAAUUCCUUCAUAAAAAAGCAGGCUGUAAAGAUUCUAAAAAUGAGGAUCUUAUAUCAUCUUCAGUACACAUUUGUGAAAUUCUUGAUGGUAUUAAUAAUACAUUAAUAGAUAGUUUAGUUUUCAGGAAAUAUGUCCAUUCUUUAACUAAUCUAUUAAUAAAUCCAAAAAAUGCUCCUGAUACUGCUUCACUAAUCUUUCUUGUUAUGCAUUAUCUUCAUGUAAAGCAAGAAAACCCGUAUCUAAAAUUUCUUCAAAGUCCUGAAUCUUUUCCUUUCUUUUUGCCUUCCGAGCACUGUGUUGUUACUACACUACUCAAUGUUGAAAAGAAGAACAAACUACAUCUGCAAGGAUUGAUAAACUCUCUUUUGUCAGUUAUGUAUUGUUUAAUUCUUGAAAAAAGAAAGCUAAGUGUUGGUAGUUUGGCAUCUUGGUGUAGAGUUUUUACUGAACUGUGUAAACAGCAUGGUGAUAAAUUGAAACCUUUGUCUUUAUGUUGUGAUUUGUUGAAACAAAAACACAGGAAUGCAUCAUUAUUAGUUGCAUCGAUUGUUGGAGUUUGGAAAGAAUUAUUUGAGAUUCCUGACCAUUUCUUGGAUGAGCAGAAAAUAUUAUUUAGUUCCAUUGCAUAUGGAGUUCAAAAAAGGGCAAAGAAAGUUACAAAAUCUACUUGGGAAAACAUUUCUAAGUUAAUAAGCAAAUAUUUUAUAGUUCCAGUUAUAUCAGAUGCAAAGCAAGUCAUAGAAUCUUUGAAAGAACAAAUUGUUUUGAAAUCUCUAAAAAGCUCAUUUGAGAAUUCAUGGUAUUUGACUUCUUCAUUAGUUAUUUUGGCUGCCCGUGAACCAUGGAAUUGGACAAAGGAGACCUUAUUAAAUGAUUACAUUGUAACGAAUUUAGAGCAAUUUUCUUGUCAAUCUUUAAAUGAACACGCAUUUGAAUUGUUUUGUGAUCUAUAUGUUGAUGUAUAUCUAUUAGCGCCAACAAAAUUUGCUGACACAGUAUUAAUUAAGUUUAUUGAAGAUGAAGUUGAAUGUAAAGAAAAAUUAUUUGUGAAAAAUUGUGCUGCAGCUGCUUUGAUGAAAUAUGUAAUACUUGCCAAAAGAGAGAUCCCUGCUUCUUUGGCAGCAUUUUUAAAAAAGAAUUCAGAACAUCCCAAAAUAAAAUUAUUAGAGAAUAUGGUGCGAAGGAGAAUUGUAUCAAAUAACGUGGACAAGUUGUCAAUUGAAGAUGUCAGAAUUUCUACAAAGUGAAUCAUGUAUUUAUAACUAACUGUAUAUACAAACAUUUUAAUAAAAUAAAUAUAUAUUGCUUCUGUUA